CAUUCUUCCUCUUCUCAACCCCUCUCUCUCUCUCUCUCUCUCUUUCUCAGAUCCUCAUCAUAUACCACUUUGCUUCCAUCUGUAACACUGCAUCGUCACUCAUCAACCCUCAUUCAUAAUUUUUCUUUCUCCAUCUCAUACUCUCCGUUACAACCAUUUCAUCAAGAAUGCGAAACAUCAACUCAGUGAAGCAAGAAUUCCUGAAGAAAUGGAUAUGGGGUCUGAGAAAAUUUAGCUCUGAGAAGAAGAACAUGAACCUGAUGGAGAGAAAGAAAGCCAUAAAGGCUUCAGCAGAUUUAGCGAUGGCUUCCACCAGAAACAAAACCACUCGCUGGAGCAGAGCCCUUAUUGCGAAUGCUUCCAGAGAUGGUAACAGCAAGGUCCUCACGGAACACGUGUUAGGCUCAUUAUCGUCACCACAGAGGGUAAGGAAAAGCUUCACGAAUAAUUCUCACAGCAUAAGGAUCAGAAGCUGCAGAAACAUGUUGAGAAGAAACCGAGGAGUCCACAGAACGAAGGAUAGGGUGGUGGCGAGUUUCGUUGCGAAGAAGCUUGUCGAGAAGAGAACGCGAAGGCUCAAGAGUCUCGUACCAGGAGGAGAAUCCAUGGAAGAUGUGUGUUUGGUUGAAGAAACCCUAGAUUAUAUACAAUCACUGCGAGCUCAAGUUGAAGUAAUGAGAUGUCUUGUCACUGCCUCAGAGCUCAUGAUCCUAAAUCCAUCGUAAAUAUCUUUAUAGAAUAUAAUAUAUCAAUCCAUAGCGUUUGAUUAAUUAGCUUCUUUAUUAUUUAUAUUAUGUUUUAAAUAUUUGUUUUCUGCUUUUUCUUUUAAAUUUGCCCUCUUCACAUUCUUUGCGAGAUAGAAAGGUUGGAGAAAAAGAGGCGCUCCCAUAUAUACGUUAAGGCAUUGUACAGAGGUAAACUUAUAUAUGUAUAUUAUAUGUAAGUCUAUCAAAUUAAGUUGUUAUUUUCAUCA